AUGGCCGUAGAUAUCUGCUCCGAUAUUCCAAAUAUAGCGUUAAUCAGUCCAAGAAUCUCAUUCUCCCACGAUCUCAAUCAAGAAUCUCAUUCUAUAUCAUCAAUCCAAGAUUUCCGUCGUGCUCGAUUAGACUCGUCUUUAUUAGACACUGAUUUCAACUUCUGCAUCAGCAAUAGCUUCGUUCAAGAAUUCUCUUCUGCUGACGAGCUUUUCUCCAAUGGCAAGAUCUUGCCUAUCGAAAUCAAGAAACAUAAAAACGUUUCGAUUUCGACCAAUCAUCAGCAACAACCGGAGAACAAUACGGAACAGAAGAAGCUCUUGAAAGAGUUCUUGUCAAUGAGCAUUGAUGCAGAUGAUCACAACAAACCAGUAGUGAAUAAUAGAUCUUUCUGGCAAUUCAAGAGAAGUAACAGUUUGAAUUGCGAUAGCACAACUCGAACGAAAGGUUUGAUUCGAUCUUUUCAGUUUCUUUCGAGAAGUAAGUCGACAGGUUCAGCUCCGAGUCGUCCAAAACCGGCAUUGUUGUUUGCUAAAGAAAAUCAGAAACAGCCUCAGUUGCAAAAACAGCAUUCUGUUCCGAGUAGGAAGUCUCCGUCCGUUGCGAGUUUUGGUGAGUUCUACGGCUAUAAUAAUAGUAUCUCGGGGCAAAAACGUCCUUCUUUAAGGAAAUGUGGAUCUUACGGUGGCAACGGAGUUCGAAUCGCGACGGUUUUGAAUUUACCGCCACCGUAUAUUUCUAGAGGAACGGUUAAUCUUUUUGGUUUGGGUUCUUUGUUUUGUAAUGGUUCUGCUUAG